AGACAUGGAGGGCACGCUGAAAUAUAUCAGGCUCAACAACUCGGGGGAGAUAAUCCUGCCAGACUCCAAGAGGCUGGAGAGUCUUCUGGGCACCAGCGACCCUGACCUGCUGGACUUUAUCAAGCGUUGCCUAGAUUGGGACCCAUCAAAGAGGAUGACUCCAGGUCAGGCACUCGAGCAUGCCUGGAUGAUGAAGACUUCGCCAGGAUGCAUGUCCCAAUCCCCAGGAAACCCACCAAAAACGGUUAUGCUGAAGACCCUGGCUGCAACAACCACACAGCAUCUGAAACCAGACAUGGCCACUGGCAGCCAGCCACAGACCAUGGACCAGGGGGAAAUGGACAAACUGGGGAAGCAUGGAAGGACCCUGAGACCCCUGACUUCAGAGCUCGACCCCCUGCUCCCUCCCAUUGGUGCGACUGGACCGGCUCCUCCACCAAGAGGCAAGAGGGUAACUGUUACCGCAGAUGGUGGUGCAGCCAAGAGGGACGCAGCGACAUCCAAACCAGCUGGCCAAGCGGGAUGCUCCCGGGUCUCUCCCAUAGGCGCCGCUGCCCCGUCUCCUCCACCAAGAGGCAAAAGGUCAACUGUUACCCCAGAUGGUGGUGCAGCCAAGAGGGACGCAGCGACAUCCAAACCAGCUAGUCAAGCGCGAUGCUCUCGGGUCCGUCCCUUUCGCGUGACUGCACCGGCUCCUCCACCAAGAGGCGAGGGGGUAACUGUUACCCCAGACAGUGGGGCAGCCAUGAGGGACACGGGGACAUCCAGACCUGCUGGCCAAGCGGGAUGCCCCCAAGUCCGUCCCAUUGACACCGCUGCCUCGGCUCCUCCACCAAGAGGCAAGAGGUCAACUGUUACCACAGACGGUGGUGCAGCCAGCUUACUUGUGAUCUUAACAAAAAAUAACAAUGUUAAUCCAACAAUUUGAAAUCAACAGUGUUGAAUAAGUGUGAUGCUGUAUCGUGUGCAGACGAGGAGGGCACGCUGAAAUAUAUCAUGCUCAUCAAGUCGGGAGAGAAGAUCCUUCCAGGCUCCAAGAGGCUGGAGAGUCUUCUGGGCACCGGCAACCCUGACCUGCUGGACUUUAUCCAGCGUCGCCUACAUUUGGACUCGACAAAGAGUAUGACUCCAGGUCAGGCUCUCAAGCAUGCCUCGAUGAAGAAGACUUCGCUUGGAUGCAUGUCCCUAUCCCCAGGAAACCCACCAAAAACUGUUAUGCUGAAGACCCUGGCUGCAGGAACCACACAGCAUCUGAAACCAGACGAGGCCACUGGCAGCCAGCCGCAGACCAUGAAUCAGGGGGAAAUGGCCAAACUGGGGAAACAUGGAAGGACCCUGAGACCCCUGACUUCAGAGCUCGACCCCCUGCUCCCUCCCAUUGGUGCGACUGGACCGGCUCCUCCACCAAGAGGCAAGAGGUCAACUGCUAUCACAGAUGUCGGUGCAGUCAAGAGGGACGCAGGAGCAACAAGACCUGCUCGCCAAGCGCAAUGCUCCCUGCUCCCUCCCUUUGGAGCGACUCCACCGGCUCCUCCACCAAGAGGCAAGAGGUCAACUGCUUCCACAGAUGGUGGGGCAGCCAAAAGCGUAGCAGUUACAUCCAGACCUGCCCGCCAUGCGCAAUACCCCCUGCUCCCUCCCAUUGGCGCUGCUGGACCGGCUCCUCCACCAAGCUGCAAGAGGGCAACUGGUACCAAAGAUGGUGAGGCAGCAAAGAGGGUCGCAGGGACAUCCAGACCAGAUUGCCAAACAGGAUGCUCUCGGGAUCCUCCCAUUCGUGCCACUGCAACGGCUGCUCCACCAAGAGGCAAGAGGACAACUGUUGCCACACAUGGUUUGGUAGCCAGAUGCAUCAGCAGCCAGAUGCAUCUGAAACCAAACAAGGGCACUGGCAGCCAGCCUAAGACAAUGGAUCAGGAGGCAACGGCCAAACUGAGGAAACAUGGAAGGACCCUGAGACCCCUGACUUUAGAGACCUACUCCAAGGUCCUUCCCAUUGGUGCGGCGUCACCGGCUGGCUCCCCCAUCAAGAGGCAAGAGGGCUAUUGCUACAACAGAUGGUGGUGCAGCCAUGAGUGACGAGGGAACAUCCAGAAAAGCCGAUCGACGGUAUUCCCCCUUGUCCCACCCAUUGGUCCAGCUGCCCCAGCUCCUUUCCCAAGAAGCGAGGGGGCAACUGUUACCGCAGAUGGUGGUGCAGCCAAAAGGGAUGCAGCGACAUCCAGACCUGCUGGACAAGCGGGAUGCCCCCAAGUCCGUCCCAUUGACAACGCUGCCUCGGCUCCUCCACCAAGAGGCAAGAGGUCAACUGUUACCACAGACGGUGGUGCAGCCAGCUUACUUGUGAUCUUAACAAAGAAGAACAAUGUUAAUCCAACAAUUUGAAAUCAACAGUGUUGAAUCAGUGUGAUGCUGUAUCGUGUGCAGACGAGGAGGGCACGCUGAAAUAUAUCAGGCUCAUAAAGUCGGAGGAGAAGAUCCUUCCAGGCUCCAAGAGGCUGGAGAGUCUUCUGGGCACCGGCAACCCUGACCUGCUGGACUUUAUCCAGCGUCGACUACAUUUGGACUCAACAAAGAGUAUGACUCCAGGUCAGGCUCUCAAGCAUGCCUCGAUGAAGAAGACUUCGCUUGGAUGCAUGUCCCUAUCCCCAGGAAACCCACCAAAAACUGUUAUGCUGAAGACCCUGGCUGCAGAAACCACACAGCAUCUGAAACCAGACGCAGCUACUGGUAGCCAGCUAAGAGCGACGAAGGGACAUCCAGACCAAAUGGCCAAGCGGGAUGCUUCCGAGUCCCUCCCAUUGGUGCGGCAUCACCGGCUAUUCCACCAAGAGGCAAGAGGUCAACCAGUAACAUAGA